UCAACAAUAUUCCCAAAUUUUCAUGAUGUGGGAAGUGAAGGCAGUUGCAGCUGUCUCUACUACUUGUUCAUUAACUGCAAUUGUUAGCUGUCUAGUUGUGCUCUAUGGAUUGUUUCAAGAAAUGGAUGAUAUUGAAUUACAGGUCAAUGAGUCGAUUCGUGUGUUCCAAUUUGAAACGGACCCAGCGUGGCACGACAUGAUGGAUGUGCAAUCUUCAGUGACGCCUCCAUCUAGAGCACCACGAAAUCCAUUUGAAAGUCAUUUGAAAAAGAAGAGACACACUUAUGGCGGACUUCCAUCAUGGUGUCAGUGUGAACCAACGAAACCCGUAUGUCCUCCAGGUCCUCCAGGCCCACCAGGAAACUCUGGUUCUCCAGGAAAUCCAGGAUCACGUGGAGUACCUGGUGAAGAUAAUCAUCAGAUAUAUGAACCAAUACAAUGCCCACUUCCAUCACGUGAUUGCAUUAUUUGCCCUGUAGGACUCCCAGGUUAUCCAGGGCGAGAUGGUCUUCCAGGAGAGCCAGGUCCUAAUGGAAAACCAGGAAAUCCGGGAUAUAGAGGGGAAGAUGGAAAGCCAGGGCGUCCAGGUGAACCUGGCUCCAGUGGAUUACCAGGCAGGCCAGGAUCUGAUGGAAAACCGGGACUUCCUGGAAGAGAUGGGAAGAAAGGAAUAGGAUUGCCUGGAAGAAUGGGUAGACCUGGAUUCGCUGGAAAAGAAGGCCAACCAGGUAUUAAUGGAAAACCAGGUCGAAUGGGAUUGCCUGGUCCAGCCGGGCCUGAAGGAAAGCCUGGAUAUCCUGGAAUGUUGGGAAGGGAUGGAAUUCCAGGAGAACCAGGACUGGCUGGAGGUCCAGGACCUGAUGCUGGUUACUGUAAAUGCCCGAAUAGAGGAAAUACCUACCGCAACCCGUAUCCAUACCGUGCACGAUCGAAAUAUCAUAAACAAUAAAUAUUGGUUUUUGAAUACAAUAAAAAGUUUGUGUAUA